AUGGAGCCGCUGUCAGCGUUGGGAAUUGCUUGCAAUCUAAUGCAAGUCAUCAGUUUCACUGGCGAAGUCAUCCAUUUAUGCAAGCAGGUCUACAAGCGCGGGUCGCAAGACCCCAGCCUCGAAGGGAAUGCGAAGGCUUUGUCCAGUGUCAUCACGUCGCUCCACGACUCCUUGACGUCUCCAGAAUCCCGCUCGCCAUGCAAUGAGGCCACCAGAGAACUCCAGGACUUGGCGCGCAAGUGCUUGGACGCAACUUCCAGACUCUCCGCCGAGCUGGACAAAAUCGGAGCCUCAAGGAGCCAGGGACACCUCGGCAAGACAAUGGUCUCCGUCUGCAAGCAUCUGGCGAAGUCUGGCGACUUGCGCAACCUCGAAAAAGAGAUACAUGGCUAUCAGAAGGUACUAGAAUCUGGACUUCUCGUCAGACUGUGCACGGCGAGGGAAGCUGCCGAUCUUCAGAGUCGAGAAGGCUUCAAACAACUGAAUGGAGCGUUGCAACACUUCAUCAUCUCGAUAUCCAAACAAGAGUUGCAGCUGUCACAGUUGUUACAGGCUGUUGAUCAACGAAUCGAAAAGGGUUUCUUCGCCAUUCAAGAUGAAGCAACACGAGCGCGAAUCCUCGGCAGUCUGAAGUAUGAAGGGAUGAAUCGUCGAAAAAACGACAUCAAAGAAAACCAUCGCAAAACUUUCGAGUGGAUAUUCAAGAGCGACCUUUCGCAGAUGACGUGUGCUCGGGAAGAAUUAAAUCUGGAUUCUGACUCCGAAUCCGACUCCAUAUCGUCUAUUUCAGACUCAAUACAUAGCUCAUCGACAGCAAGCGAGACUCAAGAAUUGAAGGCAGAUUUACAGCAGCCAGGAGAUGUUAGACCGUCCCUAGGAGACAGCUUUGUCACCUGGCUGCUCUCUAAUGAUACGACCUACUGGAUAUCUGGAAAACCAGGCUCUGGGAAAAGCACUCUGAUGCUAUUCUUACUCAAGGAUCCUCGAACGCAGGGUCUCCUUAAUAUGAGAAGCCCGGACACCCUCAUAAUCGGACAUUUUCUGCUGAGUUCUGGGCAUCCGAUGCAGCGAAACACCAAGGGCAUACUCUGCUCACUUCUUCACCAGAUACUACAGGAUGAUGACAGACACGAACGGCUGUUGCUACCAUCUUUGGCUCAAAGACUCCCUCUGAUACUUUCAAAGGAUAGUCCGGAUGACUGGACCCCUCAAGAGCUAAAACAGGCCAUACGAGAUGUUCUAAAGACCGCAGACAGAGCGACUUGCAUAUUCAUCGACGGCUUGGAUGAGCUUGCACCCUCCGAGAUCGAAGACGAUCUCCGGUCCCUUCUUCGGACCCUUGGGCGUAUUCCAUGUGUCAAACUAUGCGUAUCAAGUCGGCCAGAACCUACUUUCCAAGCGCUAUUUGACAAGAUACCUAAACUACGUGUUCAAUCUCUGACAGACGGCGACAUCCGGAGAUACGCCUGGGACUUCCUCAAAUCAGCUGUCAAUCUGGAUGAGAGAACGAGAAAUCUUCCAGAAAUUCAACACUUUGUGGAUCUUGUUAGUGAAAGGUCUGACGGUGUUUUUCUCUGGGUCUACCUGGUCCUGAAAAGGCUCCACAGAGGACUGACGAACAAAGAUAGCAUCACGGAGCUUAUUCAACGACUAGAGCAAACACCGAAAGAACUUCAGGACCUGUUCAGUGAUAUGUGGGGUCGCCUGGGAGAGGACGCCCAAAUCUCGGAGUACCUUUCUACAGCCGCCAAGUACUUCCACUUCGUCAAAACAUCCCUAAUCCGCCCAUGGUCUUGUGCGAUGGGCGAAGCCCAGGCGAUCAAUGUUGCAGAGUUGAUGCUCGCAACAAAUUACACGCUACGACAUCAACUCCUCAAUGGAAGUAACAUCAGUCCUAAAUAUAUCGAGGAAAGAUGUGAUGCCGUGAUACGAAAUCUCGAUACUCGCUGUGCAGGCCUUCUAGAGUGUAAAGAGCACAGGAUGAAAUUCUCGCCUGCCGAGGAAAGCAAGUACAAUAGCCAAUUUAGGUUUCACAGCCUUCGUGUCGAAUUUGUUCACAGGUCGGCGCUGGACUACAUAUUCUCAAGUUCGGAAGGAAGCAACAUCCUGGUACAUGAUGACUCAACACCGGAAGAACAAUUGGCUAUGCUAAACCAUGUUGACUUGACUGUGGCCAAGAUGUGGGAGUUGUGCGAUGAAGUCAAAGAUUUUCAACCCUGUCUCACGCUCGGAUCCUACUUGUUUCCAUUAUUUGGACAUCCAUUUGGCAGCUACUCGCAUUUUCUUUCCGAAACACAUCGUCAUUCCCUACUUUCGCUCGGAGGUUCUGUCUACACUCGUGCCAGAAUCGAUAACCAGGCGUUCUUUCCAUUUUUCAGGGGACCCAACUUCUGGUCCUGGUCGCCAGAUAAUUCUCCGGACUUUAUCAUGGUGCUAUCACAAAGCCCCUGGCUGGGGCUGGUGCCGCAAUACAUGAACUAUUUCGAUCAAAAGCUGCCACCCGCUUAUGCUGGAUAUAUCAUGAUAUGCAUUUGCACGCUUUUAGGAGGCCUUGGAUAUCAUUAUGACGAGCCUGAGGCACGAGCGAUUGAAGAUCUAUGCUCCGACGUAGAGUCAACCACACGGUAUCUCUUGGACAGUGGCGCAGACAUCCACAUGGAAGGCCUUUCCAGCAUUGAUUUAGACCAAAUAUCGAUAGACACCAUGCAUUUCACGCACUCGCAGCUUCAGUCAUCUGUUUCAACACUAGCGUUGGGCCUAUUUGAUCCAUGUUCUUGUUGCAUACAUCCCCUACUCCGAGUCAUACAUACUUUUCUGGACAACAAAGCCAGUCUAAACCGCAUAAUGGUCUUCCAUUACGCCGAAUCUAAUCACGGCACCCCAGAAUCCGUGAGGUCGGGAAUAUUCGAACCCGUAUACGAGGCGGAGGGCACUCACGUUCAGCUCGUUGUUUUUAAGACAACACCGGGUCAUCUUCUUCGAUUGGCGUUGUAUGGAAUACAAAAUUGGCCCAACUUGCUGAAAAAUCUUUCCAAGGAAGCGAUUGAGACGCUCUUGCAGCACACAGCAUUGACCGAGACGCCAGCAGUCCUAGAGCCCUUGGCAUUUCGAACAACUAUGAUAGACCCCCCGAGACUUCAUUUCUUUCACAAACUUCGUACACAUUCCCAGAAACAAAUGUUUGAAACCUUAGUCAGCCGCAAUCUUACAAGUAUGGCAUGGUGGCGCGCUAAGAACGAGGGAUGCAUGCCACUUCCGGAAAUUUUGGCACAGAUUGCGGCCGAAUGCGAAACAGUGUCCUCGGCAGAUUUUGCAGCCGAGCUUGAACAAGAGGGCUAUCUUGUUCGAGUUCAGGACUACCUGAAGCAGAUACCACGAUUGGAGAAGGAGCAGGAGUUAGCUCUGCUGGAUAAGUUGCAGCGAGAAGCGUUUGAUGGGAAACAUUUUCCCAUGACAUAG